AUGUUUACUAGCCUUCUUUUGGCCAAUCUUCUCUUUCUACCAUGCCUUGUUUAUAGUAACUGCUACUCAAAGUCGCCACAGGUAUGGAUCUGUAAUAGCACAAGCCGUCCAACUACACAGUUCGAUUAUCAAACAGUAUUAACUAGUCCUCAAUUGGAAAAGUUUUUUCUCCGCAACUACCGCCUAUCAGAAUUGAAAAUCGUUGAUUAUUCACCGACACUCCGUUUAUUAAAUGCAAGUAAUAAUCAGUUUGAGACAGUCAUUCUCACGUCGAAACAUCGUGACACAUCAGUUCUUCGUCAGCUAACCCUUCAGUCAAACAAUAUUCAACGAUUGAACAUUGAUACUUUCGUUGUUCCACAAUCAGUUGAAAUUAUUUCAUUAGCAAAUAAUCGAUUGGAAAUUCUCGAUGCACGGAUAUUUUCUCAUUUGAAAAAUUUAACUAAACUUGACCUGAGCAAUAAUUACUUGAAACGGAUCCUACCGCGUCUAGUUUUGAAUCUUAAUGUUCUUCUGAAAAAUAAUCCACUUGAAUGUCAAUGCACACCGGAAUUUUAUCGCAUCGUUUGUGAAAAAUCAACCAAUCUCAAACAAUCGAUGGAUAGUAAUAAUUGUCUGGCACCCUACUUUUCAUCGCAACUUGUCAGUACUCAUUCUUUGCCUUAUUUACGUUUCUCGACGUUUACUCUGACGUGUCCCAUUGAUGCCCAACCUCCUCCUAUCAUCAUCUGGUCGACUCCAUUCGGUAAUCUGAGUUCAGCGAAUUCUUCGCAUAUCGAUCUCCUCUCAUCGCCCAACGACGAACCCAUCUAUAUUGUCUUAAUUGCCUUAGCUGGUCCGUUUACUGCGCGCACACGUCAUACCAUACACGCGUCUGACACUAAUCAAUUAACAAUCACCGAAGCGCGUGCUGGCUUACGACAUUACAUAUCUUGUUCAGGAAUCAAUAUGCUGGGAACGUAUACAUACGAAUUCGAUUUCGAUAUUGAUCCUUAUGGUCAAAAACAUGCCCUUUGGAAUAUUAUCUAUACGAUGGGCUUUGGAUUUUUUAUGGCUCUUGUAGCAGGCGCACUCUGUGUUACAAUUAAACGUACAUCAUACUAUUCGAACGAUCUUUUACGAACACCACCAGUGUAUCCAACGAUGACAGUCAAUAGUGCUGCACGCACGCCACCGAAUUUCGAGUUAAAUCAAUGGUUAUCAGUGGCUGCAGCGAAUAUCAGUGGAACGCUUGAACAAGUUCGAGAUAGACUUCGUUCCGGUGUGCAACAUGUUAGCGAACAUAUGGGACAAACGAUGGGUCGUGCUUCAGAACUCUUUACCUAUAGUGUGCAGCAUGCCGGUGGAACGAUUCGACAUGCAGCUGAAACAUCUGCUGCCUACCUUCAUUCAUUUCGUGAAACAAGUCAACAACGUUUGAAUACCAUGCGUGUGCAAACAGUAUCAUCACUACGUAAUCCAGGUAAUCUAAUGCGCGCAGGUAUGAAUAUGUUAACGACACAAGUGAACUCAUUGCGCGAUUAUUGCGGAGUGACUACUGGUCAAACGAUUCCAUCAAAUUAUCUAAUACAUCAACAACUACACCAAACCCAGCAUUCGCCUGGUGUGAUGUCAUAUAUUCAUCCACAUUCUCAUAUGUUACCGAUAACGGAAGAUGAUGAAUCUCUGAUCGAAUCAACAGCGUUACUGUGUGCAACGAGUUCUACUCCGUAUGUUGGACAUACAUCGGCAGUGUUAGUAGCUAAUGCAUCAGGUAUCGGGCAACUCGACGCAGCGAACAGUUCGGCUUUAGUUGCAUUGAAUAAUUUCAAUCAAGAUCAAAAUCGUGACGUGGCAAUGGAUGGACAAAUGACAAGUGGCAUCGGAACGUUUCAUGGUCAGGCUGAUGAACUGAUCAGUGAACCAGAACGGUUAAUCAUCUACGGUGCACAACGUCCCGUUUGUUGA